UCAUGUCAUGUGACGAAAACUUGAAAAAUGGGAGACGAUGGAAGUAGAUACAACUAAUUUACGAAUGGACCAAGCAGCAGCAAAUGGUAGUGGAUCGGCUAGUGGAAGUAGAGACUCCAUUGACUCAUCUGAUACUUAUUCUAAAUAUGGAAUAACAAAUAUACCAAAGACAACGGUGGUAACACCAAUAGGACAGACAAAAACAUUUGCUGGACUUAGUGCAAAAGAAUGGGUGUUCUUAAUUUUCACCACAGUGAACAUACUGACAGCUAUUGGAUUAACUGUGUAUAGGCUUGUUAAACUAGUAGAAGAUGGUGAAUCUGGCACUCCAGACUUUACAUUUAUUAUUUUACUUCUGCUAAAUUCAGGUUUUUGUUUGUUUUAUGCCUGCCAUGGUGUAUUACGGGAGAGAGUGUACGAGAUGUAUGCCCUGAUGGCAGCAGUUUUGGUAGUAAUGGUUUACUGUAUUGUGGAAUACAUUUUGAAUAAAGACAGUAGAACCACAUUAAAACUUAUUCGUCUAAUACUGAUCUGUGUUCUAGCACCACCAAACAUUUUAUUAGCUUGGUCAGUGGCUAAACAUUUUGGGUAUCUUCAAUUUAGGAUUGUUGGGGCUUCAGAAUACUUACAAUAUUUAUAUAACCAAGCAUCAUUAUUUUCAUGUUUACUAAAGUUUGAUGUACAAGUAACUGCCAGCAUUGUAGUUCUUAUCUUACGAAAUGGGACCAAAGUUAAAUUGCUGGAAGAGAUAAUUUUAGGAGUUGGUAUUCCAUAUGCGUUGGGAUGGAACAUUCUUGGAUGGUUUGUUUUGAGAAAAGAAUUAUCAAAGGGUGCCAUAGUAUUUGCUAUAUUUGGGUUAGCCAAGCCAACAUAUUAUAUCUAUAAGAUUGUCACAGAAUAUAUGAACAUACAUGAAAGUAUCAAAGAAUUAGGACACACAAUAGUAUAUUCAACAAUAGCAGCAGCACUGCUAGCAAUAUUUGUGUGGAUUGUUUUGAUGGUCGAGCUGUACAAGGUGUAUAAAAAUUUUGGUAAAGGCUUGAAAGAAAGAGCAUAUGAUGUUUUAGCAACAGAACGUACAAGUUUAAUCACAGGAAGAAGAAUAAGAAGAUAGACUUUGCAUUAUGGGACAGCUUCUGUCUGGAACAGAAAAUAAACUAAAUCUUGAAGAAAUCGUUGUAUUGCAUAUAUACAGCCUGUGUUCUAUUUAGUAUGUGCCAUAUAUUCAGAUUAUCCAACUCUAACAAAAUGUUAACCAUGCAUGAUAAUACUUGUUGCAUUUACCUCAUUGCUAAAAAUGCUGAUCUCUGAAUAGGAACAUUGCACUCUGUUUUAGUAGUAUAAGAGUUUCAGCUGUAUUAAAUACUUUAAAUGUUUAAUUUUAUAACAUUACAUUUUAAUAUACAAUGCUAAGUAUAGGGAGAAGUAGCCAAGCUUCAAUUUGAAAUAAAAAUCUGUUGUAAAAAUUGCAGAUUCCAUGCAUGAAAAUGUCAGUGAAACAAGAAAUCUGGUAUUUUGCAACUUUUAAAUUUUUGAUUAAUGCUGAAAAUAUAAUGACACAAAGACAUAUUAAAUUUAGUAAUUGAUUGGACUCCACCAAAUCAGGAAUAAAGGACUUGAUAUGUUAUAUAUACUCAAGUAUCUUACGUAUCUCAAAAAAAAUAUACUCAUGUACUGCAUUAUUUUUUAAUUGAGUUGUAGUCUGGUAAAUGGGAGGUAAUCCAAUUUGAAUCAUGACCCUAUAUAAAAAUAAGGAGCUGUGGUAUGGUUGCCAAUGAGUCAACUAUCAACCAAAGCAACCAUAUAGUCUUCAACAAUGAGAAAAACCCAUACCAUAUAGUUGGCUAUAAAAGGCCAGACAGGAAAAAUAUGAAACUAACGGCCUAAUUCAUAACAAAACAAUUUACGAAAAUCAAUUAUAACAGACAUGAACAAACAACAGCCACUGAACUACAGGCUCCUGACUUGAGACAGGCACAUAGUAAAGAAUGUGGCAGGGUUAAACAUGUUUGUGAGCGCCCAACCCUUCCCCAUAGCUGGGACAGUGGUGUAACAGCACAACGUAAGAAUAAACUGUAAAAAUUAGUUGUAAUUGGCUUAACUCAAAAGAUUGGUAAGAGGCACAAAACAACUAACAUAAAAACAAUAGACACAAAGCACCGAAAUAAGGAUACUCAAGUUACUGAAAGCUAAGUCAAAUCCAAUAUCAGCUAAUAAAUAAAUCAUAUUCACCCAGACUGCCCAUUACAAAUGUAUUAUACCACUAAUACAUUCUGUAAGUACACAUUGUGUAGUUUUAUUUUAAAUCUUUUCUAUUUAGAAACCAUAUACACUGUAAUAACACAACAACUUAGAAAUAUGAUGUAUUUUGGUGAUUUCAAGUGAAAACAUUAACCAGUGCAUUUACAUAGAAUUGACUGUAAUAAAUAUAUAUAACUUAUUGCUUUUUUUUUUCUUUUUCUUUUUUAAAUACAAUGUAUCAUCUUUAAACUUUUUACUUAUGUUGGCAAGCAGGGUGAAUAGUAAGGUUUCAGAUGCUAUCUAUGAUAUUUUAUUACAUUACAUAGAAACAAAUAUCAUUAUUGUUUUGUUAGCACCUCAUGUGUAUUUAUACUUUAUAUUAUCUGUGCUUUAUGUAUGCAUUAAGGAUCUUUGCCAGCAAUAUUUGAAUGAAGAUUCUAAGUUUUGAUUGAAAUGGAUGCAAAUCACAUAAUCACGUUUUGAAGAAAGGCUUAUUGCAGAAAGAGGUUUUACUCUUUAUAUUUUCUUAUCAUUUAAAACUUUUACUAACAGUGAAUUUGUUUUAAUAUUGUAUCUGCAUAGUUAAAUAACUGAAUGAUUGUUGUUUGUUUACUUCCUGUUAGCAAAUAUGUCUUGCAUUUUCAGACUGAGAAUAAGUUAUAGAACUAGUAAAAAAUUUGUGAAUAUAAAAGCCUUGACCCAUUGCCUGCCACUUUUAUAGAUUAAGCUAAGUCAAUGUUUUCUAUAUUAAACCCAAAAAAAUUAUUAAAUAGAAAAUAAGAUUGGAGAUGUGCUUGCAUUAUAGAAGAAAGAUUCUAUAUAAAUUUUAUUAAAAUCCAGUCAGGAGUUUAGGAGGGUACCCCCUUUUGUAAAUAUGACUAAGUCAGUUUAUUGCAAUGGAAACCCUUAGUGAUGAUUUCAAUCAAAUAUAAAACAAGAGGUUAGCAGGUAGUAAAGAUUUUGUAGAAUUUUGAUUGAAAUCAAGUUUUAUUGGUGAAAGGAUUCUUAAAUAUGCUACCAGUAUGUAUUCUUCCUCAUUCUGAACUGACAUUUAUAUAUAUUAAUUAAGAAAAGGAAUAAUUCUGACAUAUUAUCUGUUGAUUACUAUAUAUUUAUUAAAGUAACUAAUAUUUUUUUUUUAAUCUGCAUUUAUUUAUUUAUUGAUUAAUUUAUUUAUAUAUAAAUAUUAGAAAUCAUUCUGUGAUAAUGUCCUUUUUAGCACAAAUUUGUUUUUAGACAAUAUUCUGAUAUAUGUUUUAUUUCAUUUUUUUUUUAAGCAAAAUCUACAGCAAAUACCACAGAUGUGUUAACACUCUAUACCCUGAUUGAUUUAUUUCAUUAGGGACAGAAAGAUUGUUUUAUCCCUAAUGGUUUAAAACAAAUUUGCUUUCAGUUUAAUUUGUUUUAUUUCAACUGAACUUUGGUUCAGUCUGUUUUAGAUUUCAGGUAUUAGGAUUCUUAAGUUAUUGUCUUUAGUAAAGCUGAAAUAAUGUUUUUGUCACACCUUAGCUAACCAUUAUUUAUGUAACUUGUUUAUAAAUUUUAUAUUACAUAAUGUUGAUUACUAAAGUAUUUAAAUGUACUUACUAUAGUGUAAGCAUAAUAUAAAGCAAGGAAGUAAUAUUUGUAGUAGUUGAUAAUUUGAACAGUCAAUGUUGAUAAUGUAUAGCCUCGUCUGCAGCAUACUGUAAAUUCAGAAAUUAUUGCCUGCAUUCAUUAUUGCAAUUUUUGAAGCAUGGACAAAACUGUGAUAUUAAUUAUUGCGAUUUCAGGAAAAGCUGCAUACAGAUACGUGUUUUAGAUAUCAAAAUGCAAGCUCUUAUUAUUAUGGUAUUUAUGCAGUCGCAUUAUUUGCAUUAAUAAAAACCUAGCAAUAAUUUCUGAAUUUACAGUACAUGAAACCUAUAGAAAUUUUACUUUAAUAGACUAAAGUAUUAUGAUUGUUGUAAAUAUUUUCUUUCAUGUUUUUUAUUUUUAUCUAAUAGCUUGUUUGAGUUCUUUAUCUUCCUAAAGCAUUCUAAAACAUUAAAAAAUGGAGGUUUACUAAGCCUAAACUAUGACAAUCAAAUAUGAUAUUUGAGAAAAACCUUGAAGAAUGUAGGCAAAAUUGGAAGUUUUAUUUUUGGUAGAAUCUGUUUUAUUUUAUAAAUUUAUAUAUUUUGAAGAAUCGUUAUUAAAAUUGUCUAUUUCUUCCACAUUUUAUUGUUGAAUAUUUGGAUACCUACGCAGUCAAAGUACUUGAAACAAAAAUGGCAAAGUCUCAAGGCACAGUCAUUGAGAUACAUUCUGUCUGGAACUUUGGUUUCAUUUGGAAUAUAGAAACAAUAAGUCUAUUAACCAAUCGUUAUUUAAGGCAGGAAGAAUGCCCCCUAACAUAAUAAUUUAAUUAAUUUUGAGGUAUCACCGCAGUAGUCUUUUAAAGGUCUCAGUGACUGAGUGUUCUAAACAGUUGGUCUACAACUACCUGUACAGAUUACAUUAAGAAAUACGAGAUAAUGAUUUCCUUAUCUCAUUUGUGAAGAUUACAUUGACUUGGAGAUCCCAUUGAUCUAUGAGUAUGUGAUAGAAUUGGUUUCUAAGCAUACCAUUUUGCCAAUAAAACUGACUUCUGUGAUAUUGUCUGCAUUAGGAGUACCAAACAACUUUACUUGAAUGAUUUUUUACAAUACCAGUCUUGAACGCCUUUAUAAGGUAUUGCUAUCACUUUGCAACCAAUAUAUUUCAGUCUUGAAUCAUCUAUUCAGUUCCCUUUCAAAAUGGCAGCUGAGCACAUUUUCAUAAGCACUAAAUGAUAGUGAAACUCUAUCAAUGAAUAUAUGUUGAUAAAUAGUUUCGAAGUGUUUCUAAUAUAUCCAUUAAAUUUUGAAUUUAGACAGUUGAUGUUAUAAGAAAUAAAGAAUUUGUUUUUGAAGGUAUCAUAACAUUAAAAUUCAACUAUUUGAAUGUCUAGGGAAUCAUUUAACUUAGUCAUCAUGAUGAUGACAUGUCUCAGCAGCCAUUUUAGCCGCUUUCUUGAUUAUUUUUUUUCUGUACAUCUCUUGUGAUAAUAAUGGACUUUGGUUAUGGUUUGAUUUUUAAAUUUUUUAAAAAACAAUCAUAAGCAAAUGAAAAAUGUCAUUAUGUUUAUGUUCUGUUGUAGAUAUACAGAAAUUCUUAUUAUAUAUUGUAUUUUAAAUGCUUUAUAUUUUUACAAUAAAAUACAUUUAAAAAAGA